AUGGAGUCUUCUAGAUUUUUGAGCAUCCUGGUCUUAUGUACCCUUCUAGUGAAUGUCCAGGGACCUGGUCUGACUGACUGGAUCCUUCCCAGGAGAUGCCCCAGAAUCCGAGAGAAAUGUGAAUUCAGAGAAAGGGAUGUAUGUACAAAGGACAAACAGUGCCUGGACAACAGGAAGAAGUGUUGCAUCUUCAGCUGUGGAAAAAAAUGCUUAGACCUCCACCAAGACAUAUGCACCAUGCCCAAAGAACCUGGCCCUUGCAUGGCAUUUUUUCGUCGUUGGUGGUAUGAUAAGGAGAAGAAUACCUGCUCCAGUUUCAUCUAUGGUGGCUGCAAAGGAAACAACAACAAUUUCCAGUCCAAAGCCAUGUGCCAGAACAUGUGCCCCAGCAAUCAGAAGUGUCCCCGGACGAGAGUACCAUGUGGUUAUAGAGAAAUCGACCAGUGCGCGAAGAACAAACCAUGCCCCGGGAAGAUGAAGUGUUGCAAUUUUAACUGUGGAAAGAAAUGUUUAGACUUCAAUGAAGGUAACAUACAAACCCCCUGA